GAGAAACAGUGAGAUGGGCAAAUCCCAUAAUAUACGUCACAUUCAGAAAAGUAAAAGGGGUUCACGUGUUAAGGGUCUAAAGGGUAGGGAAGGGAAGGGCCUGUUUGGGAGCGUGCGCCAUGUGCUUUGGUGCAGUCGGCGACCUUGGUGAGAUGAGAUAAGAAAAAUAAAAAAUUUAUAAAGAAAAAAGAAAAAGAGUGAUGUUCCUCUAAUCUCAAAAAGCCCAUCUCACGGAUCUUGCCCCUCUCUUUCUCUCCACCUCCUAUAUAUAUAAUAUAACUAUAUAAAUUGUUCACACCAGCUCUCUAUCUCUGCAUAAAAGGCGUUGAGAGAUUCAAGUCAUCUGGGUCCAAAAUAUUCUAAACUCUGCUACUGCUGUGCAACAUUAUCAGCUUCUACAUUGAUUGGAACACCAAUUUUGAAAAGCACACAUGCCUUCUUGGAAAAAAACCAUCACAUCUCCAUUCAGGAAAGCUUGCACUUUCUUCAACCAGCAGCCAGGCAGAGAUCAGAAGAAAUCCCAGCUGCAAGGGAAUGAAAGUAGUGUGAUGGCUCUGCAUGGUGAAGUGAUGGCAUGCUCAUAUGAAGAUGUUCAGGUGAUGUGGUCUAUUCUGGACAAGUCCAAGCCCUCAGCCUGCAACAUCACUGCUUCUUAACACAGAUGGAUGGCUAUGGCUAAAAAAAUAGGCCAAUAUCCAUCCCAAAAAAAACAAAACAGAAAAAACCGAAAAAAGAAGAAAGAAAGACCCAAUUCAGCAAUUAGCAUAUCUGUGUAUACCAUUUGGGUCAUGCUAGCUUGCAUCAUUUUGGCUCUCAUUAAUUACUUGUAAAUAGAGGUGUUGGAUGAUCAACUUGUUCAGCUGUUCAAAACUAUCAAGAAAAAAAAAAAGGGGGAGGGGGGGAAGGGGGGAGGAGGGGAGGGGAUUUCAAGAAAGUUUUUUUAGUUUGUAAUUGUUAAAUGAAUGAACUAGGCAAUCCCUGUGAUUAAAGAUCACAGUGAGAUUUAUUAAUGGAAAUUUUUAGAAGAAAAAAAAUUUAAUCA